AUGACGAUGCAUGGGAAGGUGGAGUGUCGGCCAGCUGGCCGUGCGAGGACUUUAGCGGCAGGACAUGUGCUGUUGGCAGCGGCGGGCUUGCUGUUGUGGAAGCUCAGCGCAGGAGGUUCUGAUUCCACCUUCGUGGAGGGCAUCUCCAAGGUAGUCAGUGGUGAAACAAGACAAGUACAGGUGCAUAUGCAGUCGCUCAAGAUACCCGUCGAGAAAAAGUACAGGUUUGAAGGUACAACUAGGGCGAAGUACCUCAAGCGCUUAAGACACCGCCGGUGGUGUGCGCAGUUUACGUAUCCUCGAACAUUCGGGUAUGUUCUGAAAUGGAACGACACAGCCGGGGAGGGUGUCGUCAUAGACCAAGAGCAGACUCAGAAGUACUUGGUCAUUCGUGAUGAGAUCGGAUCCUCGUACCACGCCCACAAGACGCUGCAACCGGCAGAGUUUGUUGAGUUUUUUGCCACCGAUGAGAUGGACGAGGUGACGCCGAUCGCAGGAGUUGGCCGCUGA